UCGCUAAAAUUUAUACAUUGAUGUGUAUUCCAAGAUCGUGUUGGACAGGUGUAAGUUGUUAACCCGUGCAAUAUAAUUAAAGUGAACUCAGUAAAGUGACUUAAGUCAUCAGAAUUUGACUUAAAAGUGCAAUAAAUCUAGUUACCGUGGACUGUCAAACGCAAUUUAUUGUAAAACCGUAUGACCGGUCUAGCAAUCCGAUCUGUCAUCCUGUUAAUUGUCAUCAGAUAUUUAUAAUCGCCCGAAAUAAUUGUUGAUGAUGAAGUUUGUGAAACAAAACCAGUGCAAGAAGGUGUGAAAUCGUCGAGGAUGUCGAAAAGCCAGUGAAAAUGCUCCUCCCAAGGAGAAACAGUUUUAUUUUAAAUUCCCAGAAAUUUUUAGGUUAAGUUGCUGUGAAACUGUGCAAAAACUCCAAACAAAAUGUUAUCGCUAAAGAAAGUGUACAGAGACGAACUCCUCCAGCUCGCUCUCAUCCUGAGCUUACUCAGAGGCAACAGUGGACCCUAUUUCGAAAACGAUCUCUUUAAUAACAGCCCCAAUUACGACUUCGACAACGGAACGAGCUGGAGAUCUCUGACACCGACGGUCCUGCGGUCGCAUUUCGUGCACCCCAAGAGCCUCGAUUCAGUGCUGCUUAACUACGAACGUGAAUUAUUCGCCGACUUAAACUUGCUAGGAAGAUACAAUCGGGACAGCUAUCGACAUCCAGAUGUCACAGCCUAUUUGCUUAACAUCGAACGGACUACAGGGGCCCCCUUGGCCACCCAAGAUGUGCCUGCGGAUAUCAUCACGACUCAAAACCAGAACGAGGAGAGCGCCAGCUCGAACGAAGCCUCGUCUGGCCCCAUCGAUGUAGGACUCGAACUCACUCAGGAGGAUAUGGAUCUUAUAGAAGUGCUUUGGAAGCAGGACGUAGAUUUAGGAUUUUCUCUUGAUGCGGCCAACGGGAAAAACGAUAAACCGGAACCCGAUUUGCAAAAUGGCUCACCAUCUUCAUCUAUUUCCAUGGAAAAUGAUGAGAUUGAGAAGCUAAAAACAUUGAAGGCGAUCAAUGAGGAUAAUAUCAAAGAAGAACCUGAGAACGAACUUGCGGAUCCUUGGGCAGGCUUCAACUAUACCAUAGACACAGAAACAGGGGAGUAUGUAGUAAAGGCCGAGGAACUAACAGAGUCUUUGAACGGAGCGGAUUGUGGCCCCUCGUGUGAUCUACCACUAGGGGACCUGUCAUUGCCGCUCCCAGAGUUUCUCCUUGACGAAGCUCUUCGUCUUGUCGAGCUAGACGACACACCCCAAGAGGCUAUUAAUGUUAAGGAGCUUGAGACUCUCGCUGAAGACACAAGCGACGCGGAACCCUCCCCUAGUACUUCUAACUCGAGCGAAACUCCGUCGAGUUCCAAGGAUUCGGACGACGAUUUGAGCAUCCUCACCGACAUGAUACAGACGUCGCAGUUCCACCAUCCCCAUCACAGGGCCUUCCAGAGCCGUAUGCCGUUCGUUCGUACCAUGAGUAUGGAACAGAGAUGGCAAGACUUGGCUAAUUUGUUGAGUUUGCCGAGUCCGGGCGAUACCGGUGGUAUGCCGCAUCCGUUCAGCCACCACCAUCCCUUGCACAAUUACAGCCACCCCCAUGCCCACGGUAUGGGGUACAGUCCUGAGGCGACUCGAGGAGUUCUUUUACACAACGCCACUCUUACACCGCCGAUGGGUGAUAUAAAUGCGACAGUGCCAUACAGUAAUAUCGGUGGCACGAAUUUGGGCAACGCCGUGGCCACCUCGAUGAAUCUUACGAAUAGUAGCGAACCCAUGGGAGAACCCAACUCCACACCCCAUUACAAAUUAGAACCAUCGCACGAUAUGAUGUAUUAUCAGAACAGUACAACGGAUCUUAACCAGACUGAAGGAUUUUUAUCUUCGAUUUUAAACGAUGAAGAUCUUCAACUUAUGGACAUGGCGAUGAAUGAAGGCAUGUACACAAUGCGUAUGCUAGAUAGUAACAACGCGAUCAGCAACUUGAGCAUGAACGGUGCUGCAGGUGCUACAUCCAUGUCCAGGACGGAUGUAGAACGGAUGGACACUUCCAGCGAUAGCGCUGUGAGUUCGAUGGGCUCGGAGCGAGUACCAUCUCUCUCGGAUGGAGAGUGGUGCGACGCAGGCUCCGACUCCGGACACACAGCCGGAGAUCACUACGUCACCGACUAUCAAACUAAAUACAGACCGUACGAUUAUAGCUACUCCAGCCGGCAACAUGCGAGCGCCUUGGCCACGUCUGACGCGACCAGGAUGCCACCUGUGGCCCAGAAGAAACAUCAAAUGUUCGGCAAGAGAUAUCUCCAAGAGCAGGGAGCGACCAGCGCGGUGUCCCACCAGCCGCCCGUCAAGUACGAGUACCGCGAUCCCACCGCUGCCCCGUAUAACAGUUCGCAGCCGGAGGGAGCCGUCGGUCCUAAACCCCCGGAGAUGAAGUACUCCUGUUCCAUGGAGUUCGGGCGUCAUAAUCCUCUCGUGAGGAACUCUCUGGACCACAUACAGCACAACCAUACGUACCAUCUCCCCACGGAGAGUACGGGAGCGAUGCAGCGACCGGUUUCGCGCGACAAAAGCAAAUCGCGCAAGGCGGAUGAGGAACAUUUAACGCGAGAUGAAAAGCGAGCUCGAGCCUUGAAUGUUCCCAUCACUGUCGACGAUAUUAUAAACUUGCCGAUGGACGAAUUCAACGAGAGGCUUUCCAAGUAUGACUUGAGCGAGCCUCAGCUGAGCCUAAUCCGUGAUAUUCGUCGCCGAGGCAAGAACAAAGUGGCAGCCCAGAAUUGCAGGAAACGCAAGUUAGAUCAAAUUUUGAGCCUGGCGGACGAAGUGAAGGACAUGCGGGAUAGAAAGAUGCGCUUGAUGAACGAGCACGAGUUCAUGUCCAACGAAUGCCAGAGGAUGAAGGAUAAAUACCAGCAGCUGUACAGACACGUGUUUCAGAAUUUGCGCGAUCCGGACGGAAACCAGUACUCGCCGUACCAGUACAGCCUUCAAACGUCUGCUGAUGGAUCCAUCCUGGUUGUACCUCGUUCUAACUCCACGUUAAGUAAUCAAGAACGCAAAGACCCACCGCCUCAAGGUCAUAAAGAGUGAAAUGUUAACUAGUUUUAUAUGCAAAUAUUUCGAUGUAACACUUUAAAAAUGUUCCAUUUCUCACUGCAAACUUUGCUCAAACAUACUUUAUUUUUAUACAAUUUCGGUUUGGAAAGUUUCAACGAUACUGUACAGAAAUUUCAAUUUGGUUUAUAAGUUGAUGGGCAUUUAAACAAAAAUUUGGUGCUGAGAAUCAGAUUCAUUUUUUGUUGAUGAGAAGCUUGGAAAGUGCUUAUUAAUUUAUUCGGUACUUUUUGUUUAAGUGCUUCGAUUCUCUAUAGAACUACGAUAAUAUAUUUUUGUAAUACAUGAAGAAAAUAUCAGGUGAUGAAUAUGCCUUUUUUUCAUAACAUAAUGUAAAUAGUUGUUCUAAGUAGUGUAUGAGUGUGAAUGACUGACGUAAUUGGUGGUAGGAAAUGGGAGUUAGUGGAGCUAAUUUUCAUGCCAGUUAGACGUUCUGUAAUCAUCAUUUUUAAUGAUGUAUGUGAUUUAUUGUAACCAUGUUAUUUUUUACAACUGUAGUACCCGUACUUCUUGGUUAUAUUUUAAUUAGUUGUAACAUCUUUAUUAAAAACACUAGGCUAAUAUUUUUUAUAAAUCAUAUAGGUUUUGUACAUUGUAUAUCUUGUAAGUAGCUUAUUAAGUAUCCCCGUGAAUGUGUAGCAUUUCGUCAAGUGAAUUGCUGGGUUUAAUCUUUAAAACAGUUUGUACACUUAACAUUUGCUUUUACGAGCAACUUAUAUUUGGUUAUUGGUGCCAAUAAAGAUCUCUACAAUAAAUAAAAA